AUGAUGUCCUACAUAAAGCAGCCCCAUUAUGCUGUGAACGGGUUAACGCUGUCCGCCUCAGGAAUGGACCUGCUCCACACCGCCGUCGGCUACCCAGCCACUCCAAGGAAGCAGCGACGGGAGCGCACUACCUUUACACGGACCCAGCUGGACAUUUUAGAAGCCCUGUUCACCAAAACACGCUACCCAGACAUAUUCAUGAGAGAAGAAGUGGCUCUGAAAAUCAACCUUCCCGAGUCCAGAGUUCAGGUUUGGUUCAAGAACCGUCGCGCUAAAUGCCGCCAACAGCAGCAGCAGACCAGCGGUCAGCCCAAGCCCCGUCCCCCUUAAAAGAAGUCCUCUCCACCCCCUGAGCUGACCUCUGACCCUGGUGCCAGCUCCUCUGUGGUGGCUGCCCCCGCCCCAGCCGUGCCCCCUAGUGCCAGCGCAGGCACAGCACCAGUUUCUGUGUGGAGUCCCACCUCUCUAUCCCCCCUUCCUGACCCAUUGUGUGGCUCCGGCACACCCUGCGUGCAGCGCCCUGCUCCCUAUCCUAUGAGCUACGGUCAGCCCUCCACCUAUAGCCAGGGCUACAGCUCCUCUCCUUACUUCAGUGGAUUGGAUUGCAGCCCGUACCUUUCUCCCAUGACCAGUCAGCUGUCCGCAAGUGGGGGCGCUCUCUCUCCCCUCACCGUGCCCUCCAUGGGCGGCUCGCUCAGCCAGUCACCUUCUCUCUCCUCCCAAGGAUACAGCACCUCCUCGCUGGGUUUCAGUUCCGUGGACUGCCUGGACUACAAGGACCAGCAGGCUUGGAAGCUCAACUUCAGCACAGUUGACUGCCUCGACCAUAAAUUCCAGGUGCUGUAGAAGAGAAAGUGGGCGAGUGAAGAAAAAGAACAGGAGGGAAGGAGAAGGAGGAGAAGACGGAUGAAGAGUAAACGAAACAAAACUGUUGCUUGAAAUGCCGGAGACAUUUAGAUGAUGAACAGGACUGAAUCAGCAGGAUUCAAGUGAUCUCAGAGGU